UUUAAAGGCUCUUUCUUACCCAUAAUGCUUUGUGGGGACGUUGACAAGUGGAUCCAAGAUGGCGUAGAAAGUAAUGACAGGAAUUGGAUGACGUAAUUGAUCACUAAGGAACUACCGUGCUGGGGAGAUGUGCGAGAAAUUAUAAAGAGCUCUGAUGGGCUAUUUGGGUGAUACCCAGUGCAGUGAACUGCAGGAUUUUUGUCCCUGAGUCAUGGAAGACAGAAGAGCUGAAAAGUCAUGUGAAGAAGCGUGUGAGUCACUGAAGAGGCAGGACUAUGACAUGGCCCUCCAGCACUGCUCAGAGGCCCUGCUUUCUCUUGGCCAGUACUCCAUGGCAGACGUUGCAGGGCCGUGUGCAUUAGAGGCAGAGCGCAUCCAGAUCGAGAGUUAUCUCUACAGAAUCGCCUCAUUCCUGCAACUGAAAAACUACAGGCAAGCUGACGAAGAUUGUAGGCAUGUACUUGGGGAAGGGCUGGCCAAGGGAGAGGGUGCCUUCCGGGCAGUGCUGUGCUGCAUGCAGCUGCAGGGGAAGCUCCAGCUGGUGUCCUCCAUCCUUGCCAAGUCACUGUCAGGAGAGUCUCUGAAUGGGAUGGUAACAAAGGAUUUGACAAGACUCAAGACGCUUCUCACAGAGACAGAGACAGCAAGUAGUGUCCUCCCUGGAUGUCAUGUGGAAGACUUAGAUGAAGGGUCUUGUAAUGGUUGGCAUUUCCGUCCGCCACCCAGGGGAAUCACAAGCAGCGAGGAAUAUACUUUGUGUAAAAGGUUUUUAGAGCAAGGAAUCUGUAGGUAUGGUGCCCAGUGUACUUCAGCACAUUCCCAGGAAGAAUUAGCAGAGUGGCAGAAAAGAUACGCCUCGCGGUUAAUAAAACUGAAGCAGCAAAACGAGAAUAAACAGCUCUCGGGCAGCUACAUGGAAACCUUGAUAGAAAAGUGGAUGAGCUCGCUGUCUCCUGAGAAAGUGCUUAGCGAGUGCAUAGAGGGAGUUCAGGUGGAGCACAACCCUGACUUGUCGGUCACCGUCAACACCAAAAGAUCCCACCAGACAUGGACCUUUGCUCUGACCUGUAAGCCUGCAAGAAUGCUGUAUCGGGUAGCAUUGCUUUAUGAUGCUCAUCGUCCUCAUUUUAGUAUCAUUGCCAUAUCUGCCGGAGAUAGUACUACCCAGGUAUCACAAGAAGUCCCCGAAAACUGUCAAGAAUGGAUAGGAGGAAAGAUGGCCCAAAAUGGAUUAGAUCAUUACGUGUAUAAAGUCGGGAUAGCAUUUAACACAGAAAUAUUUGGAACUUUUCGCCAAACCAUAGUUUUCGACUUUGGAUUGGAGCCAGUACUCAUGCAAAGAGUAAUGAUUGAUGCAGCUUCUACAGAAGAUCUUGAAUACCUGAUGCAUGCAAAACAGCAGCUGGUAACUACAGCCAAGCGCUGGGAUUCUUCUUCUAAGACUAUUGUAGAUUUUGAACCUAAUGAAACUACUGAUUUGGAGAAGAGCCUUCUGAUCAGAUACCAAAUCCCUCUUUCUGCUGACCAGCUGUUUACGCAGUCUGUUUUAGACAAAUCAUUGACCAAGGCUAACUAUCAGUCACGGUUGCACGACCUGCUUUAUAUUGAGGAGAUAGCCCAGUAUAAAGAAGUUAGCAAGUUCAACCUUAAAGUGCAAUUGCAGAUUUUAGCAAGCUUCAUGCUCACUGGAGUUUCUGGGGGUGCAAAGUAUGCUCAGAAUGGACAACUUUUUGGUCGUUUUAAGCUUACUGAAACCCUUUCUGAAGAUACUUUGGCUGGACGACUGGUGAUGACCAAAGUCAAUGCAGUUUAUUUAUUGCCAGUCCCUAAAGAGAAGCUAGUACAGACCCAGGGAACCAAAGAGAAGGUUUAUGAAGCUACUAUUGAAGAAAAAACAAAAGAUUAUAUAUUUUUAAGGAUAUCCAGGGAAUGCUGUGAAGAGCUUAAUCUUCGGCCUGACUGUGACACGCAGGCUGAGCUUCAGUUUCAAUUGAAUCGAUCGCCCCUCUGUGAAAUGCAUUAUGCACUAGACAGGAUAAAGGACAAUGGUGUUUUGUUUCCAGACACCAGUAUGACUCCUACCAUACCUUGGAGUCCCAACAGACAAUGGGAUGAGCAGUUGGAUCCUCGACUAAAUGCAAAACAGAAAGAAGCUGUUCUGGCCAUCACCACUCCACUCUCCAUCCAGCUGCCGCCUGUUCUCAUCAUCGGACCCUACGGGACAGGCAAAACCUUCACUCUGGCUCAGGCCGUCAAGCACAUCCUACAGCAGCAGGAGACUAGCAGGAUUCUCAUUUGCACCCAUUCUAAUAGUGCUGCUGACCUCUACAUAAAGGAUUAUUUACAUCCAUAUGUAGAAGCAGGCAAUCCCCAGGCAAGACCUCUCAGGGUGUAUUUCCGAAACCGCUGGGUGAAGACUGUCCACCCAGUCGUGCAUCAGUACUGCUUGAUCUCAGGCGCACACUCCACUUUUCAGAUGCCCCAGAAGGAAGACAUUCUGAAACAUCGAGUGGUGGUGGUCACAUUGAAUACUUCCCAGUACCUCUGCCAGCUGGACCUUGACCCCGGUUUUUUUACGCAUAUUCUGUUAGAUGAAGCUGCCCAGGCCAUGGAGUGUGAGACCAUUAUGCCUCUAGCCUUAGCAACUAAAAACACACGGAUUGUUUUGGCUGGUGAUCAUAUGCAGCUCAGUCCUUUUGUUUACAGCGAGUUUGCCAGGGAGAGAAACCUUCAUGUUUCAUUACUUGAUCGACUCUACGAGCAUUACCCUGCCGAGUUUCCAUGUAGGAUCCUCCUCUGUGAGAACUACCGCUCUCAUGAAGCUAUCAUCAACUAUACCUCUGAGCUUUUCUACGAGGGUAAACUAAUGGCCAGUGGAAAGCAGCCAGCACACAAGGACUUCUACCCACUCACGUUUUUUACAGCACGAGGGGAAGACGUACAAGAAAAGAAUAGCACCGCCUUUUAUAACAAUGCAGAGGUAUUUGAAGUGGUGGAACGCGUGGAGGAGCUAAGAAGGAAGUGGCCGGUAGCAUGGGGGAAGUUAGACGACGGCAGUAUUGGUGUGGUGACUCCAUACGCUGACCAGGUGUUUCGGAUCCGCGCUGAACUUCGGAAAAAGAGGCUCUCUGAUGUGAAUGUAGAAAGGGUGCUAAACGUUCAAGGAAAGCAAUUCAGAGUUCUGUUUCUUAGCACAGUGCGUACACGCCACACUUGCAAGCAUAAGCAGACACCAAUUAAAAAGAAAGAGCAACUUUUGGAAGACUCCACCGAGGAUUUAGAUUACGGUUUUUUAUCUAACUACAAACUUCUCAAUACUGCCAUCACAAGAGCACAAUCCCUGGUUGCUGUGGUGGGAGACCCCAUUGCUCUGUGCUCAAUUGGAAGGUGUAGGAAGUUUUGGGAACGAUUUAUUGUCCUGUGUCAUGAAAAUCAUAGCCUACAUGGGAUCACAUUUGAACAGAUCAAGGCACAGUUAGAGGCUUUAGAACUCAAGAAGACAUAUGUGUUGAAUCCACUUGCUCCUGAGUUUAUCCCCCGAGCUUUACGACUGCAGCAUUUGGGAAACACCAGCAGACAGCAGCAGUCACCACCCAAGGGGAAAGGCCUUCAUCAUCCCCAGAGUGACCAUUUCCAGAAUGAUGGCAUUGUUCAGCCCAAUCCUUCUGUACUUAUUGGCAAUCCUAUUAGAGCAUAUACACCUCCACCCCCUCUUGGACCUCACCCAAGUUUGGGAAAAUCUCCAAGCCCCGUUCAAAGAAUAGAUCCUCACACUGGGACAAGUAUUCUUUAUGUACCUGCUGUCUAUGGAGGGAAUGUAGUCAUGUCGGUGCCUUUGCCUGUACCAUGGACAGGAUACCAGGGUAGGUUUGCAGUUGAUCCUCGGAUUAUUACACACCCAGCAGCAAUGGCCUACAAUAUGAACCUGUUACAUACACAUGGACGUGGGUCACCGAUCCCUUAUGGCCUUGGACAUCAUCCACCUGUCAACAUUGGGCAGCCACAGAAUCAGCACACAGAGAAGGAUCAGCAGGAGCAAAAUAGAAACGGUAAAACUGAUACAAAUAACCCCGGUCCUGAAAUUAAUAAGAUCCGAACACCAGAGAAAAGGCCUACAGAGUCCAAACAGGCUGAUUUGGAAUCAAAUCCACAGAAUAGAAGUCCUGAAUCCCGUCCCAGCAUUGUUUAUUCCAAUACCAAAUUUCCUCGAAAAGAUAAUCUCAACCCAAGACACAUAAAUCUUCCUCUUCCUGCAUCACACGCACAGUAUGCGAUCCCUAGCCGCCAUUUUCACCCUCUUCCUCAGCUACCCAGGCCACCAUUUCCCAUUCCCCAGCAGCACACCUUGUUAAACCAGCAGCAGAAUAAUUUGCCUGAACAACCAAAUCCGGUGGCACCCCAGCCAAAUCAGGUGGCACCCCAGCCAAAUCCGGUGGCACCCCAGCCAAAUCCGGUGGCACCCCAGCCAAAUCCGGUGGUCCAGCAGCAGAGCCAGGUACCUGCACAGGCCCUGCAGCCACCACCUCAACUCUCUCCUGCAUUUCAGGCGGGGCCCACCAAUGCAUUUUUCAAUAAUGCAGUUGCUCACCGACCACAGUCUCCUCCUGCUGCAGAGGCUGUGGUUCCCGAGCAGCAGCCAACACCUGUGCUUCCUGACGGUCACAGUCCACUGAGAGCCAUCACACAGCCUGGUCCUAUCCUGGCAUCACCUCUGAACAACUUUGUUGAUGAGAGCUCCCCAGGAUUGCCUAUAGGAGAAGCUUUGGAUCGAGUACAUGGAAGUGUAGCUCUGGAGACACUGAGGCAGCAACAGGCACGGCUACAGCAUUGGAGUGAGCACCAUGCCUAUCUCAGCCAGGGCAGCAUCCCGUAUCCACACCAUCACCACCCUCACCUCCCACAUCUUCCCCAGCCAUCCAUGGGCCUCCACCAGCCGCCAGUGAGGGCAGAGUGGAAACUCGCCAGCAGAGUUGACGAUGAAGCAGAGACAACAUUCUCCAGGUUUCAAGACUUACUCAGAGAGCUGUCUCAUCGUGAUCAAGGUGACACUCGAGAACUAGCUGAAAUGCCACCACCUCAAUCAAGACUUUUGCAAUAUAGACAAGUUCAGACUAGAAGCCCACCAGCAGUCCCGUCUCCCCCUUGCAGCACAGACCACAGUAGCCACUUUUCUAACUUUAAUGACAGCAGCAGAGACAUUGAAGUAGCCAACAGCCCAGCCUUCCCACAGCGCCUCCCACCUCAACUAUUUGGCUCCCCCUUUUCGUUGCCAUCUGAACACCUUGCCCCACCUCCCCUGAAAUACCUGGCUCCCGAAGGAGCAUGGAAUUUUGCUAACUUGCAACAAAAUCACUUAAUAGGGCCAGGCUUUCCCUAUGGCCUACCUCCAUUGCCUCCCAGGCCACCGCAGAACCCUUUUAUACACAUCCAGAACCAUCAACAUGCUAUUGGUCAAGAGCCAUUUCACCCACUGUCAUCUCGCACAGUAUCUUCUUCUUCGCUCCCCAGCCUAGAAGAGUAUGAGCCCAGAGGACCUGGUCGGCCCUUGUACCAAAGAAGAAUUUCAUCUAGCUCAGCCCAGCCUUGUGUGGAAGAGGCAAGCACUCCCCAAGGCAGCCUGCCUCAGGGCAAAGAACAGCAGGACCACAGCCGCCAGCCUGCUUUCAGCUUCCCAGCCCCUGAGUCCUGGGCCAGCACCACCUCUCCUGCCCCCUACCAGAACAUUCCGUGCAAUGGACCCAGCAGGACAGCUCAGCCCAGAGAGUUGAUAGCACCACCCAAGACUGUCAAGCCUGCUGAGGAUCAGCUGAAGCCCGACAGCUCGGAGGUGUCCAGUUCCUUCAACUACACGGUGCUGCAGCACCUCGGCCAGUUCCCACCCCUCAUGCCCAACAAGCAAAUCGCAGAGUCGGCCAACAGCAGCAGCCAGCAGAGCCCGGCAGGGAGCAAGCCCACUAUGUCCUAUGCCAGUGCGCUGCGGGCCCCGCCCAAGCCCAGACCGCCACCCGAGCAGGCCAAGAAGGGCAGCGACCCGCUGUCCCUCUUCCAGGAGCUCAGCCUGGGCAGCAGCCCGGGCAGCAACGGCUUCUACUCCUACUUCAAGUGACCGGCUCUUGGAGUGUUGAGUUCCUGUUUAUCAGUAGGGUUGUGGUGGCAGGCUCCUCUGUGUGCAGCCUCUGCGAAAUGUUGACCGCUCUCUCACUCAGUUCCCUUGCUGCUAGACCUGCGCCUAAGUUUAAAAGUAUAUUCCAUUAUUUUGCAUUUUUGAUGUGAGUCAGAACUUUGACAGCUUUUAUGUAGAAUAAAAAUAUUUUUAAAUUUGUGUAUUGUUACAUAUGUUUGCAUCAAGCUAGCAGCUAAGAGGUUAAUUGUGCAACUAUAAAAAAAAGAAAAAAGUUUGUCUAAAAUGUAUUUAAAAAGGAAAAAAAAAGUUAAGUAGCAUUUACAUUUAUUCAAUAAUAUUACCACAUGCUGGGUUUCUGUACCAGAAAUGGCCAGUUGAUGUACAAAUGUAUGUUAUUUUUGCUUAAAUUCAUUUAAAUUUUUUUAAAUAAAGGGGCAGCAUCUUCUAAAUACUUUAUCAGCUUUUUUUUUUUUGUGACAGGAUGCUGUGUUCUGAAACUUUGAGAGGUGACAGGAUGCUGUGUUCUGAAACUUUGAGAGUCCCAGCCUCUCUGUGGCUCCGUGACAUGCUGUUCUCUCCAUCAGCAGGGGAGAGGUCACGGCCCUCCUUGCUCAUGUGCUCCGUGUGCCACUGGGUUUUGAAAUGUGAAAAAGAAAAAAGAAAACAACAGCAAAACCCAGUGGCAUAGUUAGUUUUGUUUUUUGAGAAGCAACACUUUCAGCUUGUUUUUAAUGUUAAUUUGAUAGUGUGUGGUUUUUUUUUAAACAAAUCAUGAAGCUGAAAAAUUUUUAGGAUUGUUGGUGCUUAGUAGACUUGAUAACUAUUUUAAAACUGCGUGAAUUUAGUGAAAAAAAAUCUUCUUUCUCAUUCUGCAUGUGUAAGUGUUUGUAGCCUGACCCCUCCUCCAGGGCAGCAAGAACUGAGCUGACUAAAAGUUUAGGUUUCUUUUCCUCCAGUGAAAAUUUUGGUACCUUAUUUGAUGUUUACAUUAAGAGAUGACAUUACACAUGGCAAUUCUAAGAUUUUUCUAGUUGUUCUGUUUGAGAAAGAUCAUUAAAAAAGAAAACAAUGUCCAAAAGUCCAUCAAAUCUGGGGCACGUUUCGUAUCUUUUGAUUCUUGUGAAAUUCCCCCUUGAACUCAUUAAGCAUAUGACAUUUCAGCAGCUGUCUGCAGUAGUCCGCAGCCUGACGGUUGUUUUGAAAGACGAAGCUAUGCUUCUCGUGCGUUCUUUAGCACAUUUGAAGUAAUGAAUGUCCUUGGUGUUUCCUGAUCCAGUAGCUAUGAUUUUAUAUUUCAGAGGUACCUUGAGACUACAAUAUAUCUUUUUGUUUUUUUUCUUUUUAGAUUAAGAUGAGGCCAGGGGAUAUUUCAGAAGAGCCCAGCCUCCCUGAUGAUCAUGCAAGCAUAGUUUUCUGGAAGACUGUUUUGAUAGAACAUUUAAAACUGGGCUGACAGUGACAAGGGGAAGGCAGAAUUACUUGUAUCUGUGACUACGGGUUAGUUUAUGGCAACCAUCUAUGGCUUCCUGUAACCCCCGGAUAAUGCAGGAUGGAAGGUUGGGCUGGUUAAGGGGUAGCCAACUCCAGGACCAAUGUUGCAGCCUCUCUUAAUUCAGUUCCGCCUUUGUGCUCAGGGUUGAGCAAUCGGUACCUGACUUCCUGUCUCAGGCUGAACACCUCUUUUGAGGUUGCAGAUGUGGACCCACAGACUGGAGAUGUGUUACUACACAGUGCAGAUCACAGAUGGAAAGUGGAUCUAGUGAACCAGGGCACCACACUCUGCUUGAUGUGACAUCACCACAUACUGCUGGGCGUGUUUUAGGCUGAACAAGACAACUUUUGCCCCCAGGGCUUUGUGCAUUUCUAACUCUGUGCCCAAACAAGAUGUAGGACUCCCCCAUGAUGAGACUGUGUGUCCCAUCAGUGACAGCCCCGCCCCUACACAUACAGACACACAGGACAGCAUCACAUGCUGGGCAAGUGCUCAGAGCCAUUUUGCUAAUUCAGACAGGACUAUACUGUCAAUUUUUGGUCCACUUCUCAUCAGCAGAUUAUUGCCUAGUUUCCUGUUUCUCAUACUUGAACCUUUAAAAAAUGUCAGUUUUUAAAUUAUUUAUAUUUAGUUAAAGUCACAUGUGCUGUGUCCUAUCAUUUUACAUAAAAACACUGAUGGUGGGACAUCCUGGAUGAGGAAUCCAUCAGGCUACAGACACUAGCUACUCACAGGUGACUGCUCUAUUAUGUCUGAGUAUUCCCAUUUCUCUUGUGUCCGCGCCUUCAUGUUUUUCAUACAGUGUUUAUUUGAACCUGGUUCCCUCCUUCCCAGCGUUACUCCUGUCUUCCCGUCCAGGCUCGAAGGAGUCUGUUACUUACGCCCAGCAUCUUGUACCAGUCUUCAGCAGGUCUUACCAGAAGGACCACUGUGAGUUCUCACUGCUGCUCUUUGCUGUUACUCGGGUAGUAUUAGCAGGGUUAGUCAGUGUCAUGAAAAUACCUUAUUUCAUUCAUUAGUUGCAACUUUUUAGAGCUCAGAUGGAACAUACAUACAUACAUGUGUGCGUGCGUGCUUGUGUGUGUGUGUGUAUUUAUGUGUUCGUUUACAUACAUAAGCACAUUUUUUUUAAAGAAAACUUGAUAGCUCUGUGAACUUGAUGCCCUUUUCUUUUGUGAACUUGAUGCUCUGUGAUGCCAUUUUCUUCUGGGUAGAUUUCUUCUGAGGCUGUUUUAUUCUUUCUUUCAUUUCUUUCUUCUUUUUAUCAGUGGAAUUUCCUUGUCCUUGCUAGUACUGUUUCUAGUCAUUUCACUGCAACUUGAGAUAUUUCUUUUCCCUCUCCCUUCCUUCAUCUUAAUUUAUAGAGUAUUCAUGCUAAGUUUGGUUCCCCAUUCCCUCUUGAUCUGAGAAUGAAUUCUUGUUGAAAUUUGAACAGCCUCAUUCACUGUACCAUGGAUAUUUCCUGGUGUGUUUUUCAAAAAAGCCCAUUCUAGCUCUGCCAUUGCUAAUCAUAAUGUUUUGUCCUUGACCAUUCAAACUAAUGACCUCAGUCUUCCUGUCUUCACACAGACAUGCUUUCUGUGUGGGUCAUCUUAUGUAAAGAAAACACCCAACUAUCUGAUGUGGGCUAUUUUUUUUUUCUUUUGUUUCAUUCUAAUCAAGAUUGUAAAACGAGUUCAGGCUUGGUCUAAGCAUCAACUGAUCUCUUCUGUUCAGAGAACUUCAGGGUAAGUAAAAUCAGCAGGAGUCUUGUGGAAUAAGCAUUACCCAAUUAAACAGAGCAGCCUCUAAAGCCUAUUUAUGGCCGAGGUUUCCUUGUUUCUGAAGGCAUUGCAGUCUUAGGGAUGCUAACCGUCUUUUUAACUUUGAGUUUGUAUGUUGUGUUGUGUUGUCCUAGUGUAGUUGAUGACUCUGUUUGAUAUGUUUCAUUUUGAGAGCAGAACUGAAAACAUAAAAGAAUGUAUCUCUAGUCAGGGUGUGAAAAUUAUAGGUUAAAUCUGAGUAUUUCAACUAUUGUCAUGGAAAAAGUUAGAUUUCCAAAAAUAGUUGAUUUUUAGGACAUGCCCAAUGAAAGAAUCUUUGCAUAGUGGGGAGUUUUGCUAAUAGAAAAAUUCUAUAAAAAUACAUGAUUAAAAUUUCCCAUAUAGUAAAGCAUAUACAUUAUUUAGGCUGUUCAUCCUUCCCCUCUCUACUUCCUCAAAGUUAAACUUGUCUUUUCUUAUCAAGUAGACGUUUUUCAGCACCUACCCCUCAGCAUAUGAAAGCCCUGCCUCUGCCAUCCCCCGCGUGUCCUCUUGCUUCUGGGUGCAAAUGUCUUGGUAGAUCUGACUUGUCAUCUGUCGAUAUUCAAACCUCCCAGCGAUGAGAAGAAACAUGAGUGAUGCUUUAACUUGCCCUUCUUCAGAAUAUCACUUAGAGUGUCCCCCACAUCAUGUACCCAGUUGCCAGAGCACUCACUGCAUACAGCAGGCAUCUUCACCUCUCCCUCUGAGACAAAUGAGGCUGCUAAGUUCACACUUGCCAGUUUCAUCCCUGUUUAAUUAGCGAUCUCAAAAAUCCCCUGGAAGGAGGGGAUUUUUACCAGGGCUUAACAUUCUAAUGAGAUACCAGAAAAUGGCAGCAUGUCGUCACCUCUAAGCUAGAAUAUCAGGUUAAACAGUUAUUGGGUUUUUUUUUUUUAAGUUUUAGUGUAACAUUCAGAUAUCUGAACCUACUGAAAGUACUUACUUUAGAGUGAUCUUUAAAGAAACCCUCAUUGUAAAAAAAGUGUUUUGUAAGGGAGGUUCCUAAUAGAAUCUAGACUUAGGCUUGUAAGCCGCGGUUAAAUCCCAGCCCAUUUAUACAGUGGUAGCCUGAGGUUUUCUGAAAUGAGUUUGAAGAGAAAGCCCGUGUGUCUUGUAGUUUCAGUCAUCAGAGUGGUAGGCCAGAUUUUACUUGCAAUUUGUUCAACAGAGAGAUUUUAUUUUGAUACAAAUAUUAAACAUAAAGCAUAGUAAGUUUUAUAUAAUUCUAUAAGUUCAUUAAACAAUGUUAUGAGAUUUUCAGUAUGUUUUUGGGGGUCUUUUUGGCUAUUUCUACCUCAUCUGAGGUCUCUUCUGUACUUUAUUUAGCACACUAGCAUGUGGUUGCCUGCCUUAGGAUGAGUAUGGGAGGGGAAAUCAAUAUUACCUUUUAAGAAAUUUUUGAUUUUUAUGGAAUAAUUGUUUUAAUAUUUUUAUGUUUGAAAGUGAAGGUGGAAAGGGUGGCAAAUUACAUACAGUGAUAGCUAUUUACAAAUCUAUCGUAUUUUAAGAUUUUAGAAUUCUGAGCAAGAUCAAGCAAAAAGAAAGAAAGAAAGAAAAAAGAAAAAAAGUUAUUGUGAAACUGAAGCCCAGCCUCAGCCUUCCUUCCCUGGGCAGGUUGUUGAAGGACAGGUUGCUGUACCCACCCCCAGGGUGGCCACCACAGCUGUCCAGGGCGUGCACUUUGAAGACCACUGGUCUAGAGAAAGUCAGAGGGUUUUUCAUCUCUUUACUCUUGGGUCAUUUUAAUCACUCUGACACGAGAAGUGGCCCAUUCAUGGAAAAAAAAAAAGCUCUCUCUACCUUUGGGGUCUCUGCUGCUUCUCCUCAUUGGGGUGCAGGGGCGCUUUCAUUUCUAGGGUGUUUGUGGUUAGGGACACAGCUGCCUGACUGUUGUCUGGAAGCUGUGCAUUUGUGGGAUGUGCUUGGAGUCAACCUUGGUCCCUACACUUGGAGACAGAAUUGUGGAAAGAAGCCAUUGGAUUCCUCAAAGAGUGCAUUUGCACUUACUGAGGCUCUUAGUGCAGGAGUCCCUGUCCUAGAGUGGCAGUGACAUGGAGCAUCAGAAACAUUGGAUGGUCCCCAAAUAAUGGAGUCUAUAGCUUUUAAUCUUCUUCUUCUUUUGUAUGUGUGUUGUGGGUGAGGGCAAAGAAUUUACUUUCAUAUUGUAUAUUUCUCAGGUUAACAAAGUUAUUUUGGGGUCUCUGCCAUGCCAGCAGGUGUUAGGGAGAGCAUGAGUGUUGUAUGUGGCAGAAAAGAAGCAAUUGUUUGUGAUUCCCUUACUACCUUGAAGAACUCUGUAUGUUUGCCGAAGAGUUGAGGGGGACACACCACCUCCACAGCAUGAGUGACUCCUAAGUCAUAGCAGACACAGAUGAGCAAGUUAGUUUUGAGUAACAAACUGCCUACAACAUAAUACACCUGACAGGCCUUUGGAUAGUUUUACAUUUGUGUGUUGUGUUUAAUGUUCAGCCUGGGCUGCAGCUCUGCCGGUAUUGGGCUCUGCUUCUCAAUUUUAGUUUGACUUUGAAUUUACUGCUACUAGCAAGAAAACCAAUCUGUGUUUAAGGUAAUAGAAUGUAGAAUGGCAUAGGCGUAGAAGUAUAAUCCACAGUGGCCAUCCUAGAAUGCACAGUUUUAGAAUUCUUAGCCCCCAGUACUUACUACAUGAAAGGCCCCAUAAGCUUUAGCUGUGGAUUGCUGCUGUGCCCGGCACGGCUUCCUCUAUGCACUCCAAGCUUAUAAGGGACUUUGGUUUAUUUACGAUUUGCCUUGCAUGAUACCACUUUGUAUCUUUCAGGAGGUCAGAGGACUCUUUUGUCCAGGUUAAAGUUCCAAAGUGUCAGUUAUACCUGAGACUGUUUCUCAGCAACACCGCUUCCCACACAGUCACAUGAAGCGUCCUGGAUUUUCAUGUACCAGGACCACACCUGCUCCUAUAAAUCCGUGUAUAUGACAUUAUGUACAUCAAGUACUGUAUCUGGUUUAUGUGCCAGCCAUCUGACCUGAUGCUUUGAAACACAUAAAGGUACUGGUUAUAUAUAAUAGUUGCAUUGCAGGGGAAUAGAGUUGUUCAAAUACUUUCUCUAAAUUAUAAAGCUAAUGGGGUUUGCAUUAUAGUAGAGUCCUAAUCGUUGGUGACACAGGCUCUUUCUUUUUAGUGUUUUAAAAGAUAAAAUUCUCUAAAUGUGGUCAGUGAUGGAUAGGAUCAGCCAAGUAGACUUACUGUGGGUCUUCUAUUGGAAAAGCCUUCAUAAGGAAGGCCAUAUAUAAAACCACCCUGAUCCGUUUAUCUUACAAGCACCACUUAGGCAGCAUCCAAUUAAGCAUCAUUUAUGGCAAAAGUAAUAACAAUGGACCGUGUCCCUUUGCAGUGUAUCAUACCUCAUCUGGGAGGCCCUAAUACCUAAAGAGUUUAUUCUUCAAAGUAAAGAUGAUUUUGUAUCAUAAGAUAACCCCAGAGCUACCCUCCAAGGCUUUUCUUUUCUCCUUUCUUCGUUCUUCCUAACUUGGUUUUUGGGGUCCCCUUAGCUCAUGCUACUUCCUUAGGACAUGUUUUGAGUCCGGGAGUCUACAGUGUGAUCAUUGUCAGUGAAGUUUUUUUGUUUUAAAAGAUUCAUGGUAACACAAAAUGUAUUUUACUGCUACAACUAAAAUGUAUUUAUAAUAAAAUGCCUUUUUAAUAA